AAUACUCUUUUAAUAAUUGUUAAAUAGCAGUAAUCAUAAAAAAUCACAUAAAAAAAUAUAAUAAUUACUAAUUAAUAUUAAAAUAAUUUCUAAUCAUUGAAAAUGACGACAAUGGACGUCAAGGAAAGUAGCGAAGAGGAGGAAGAAGAAACACAAGAUAUUUCGCCGUUCAGUAAAUUUGACGAAAGCAUCGAAGUUCGUAAUGCAGAAGAAAUUAAAAGCCCUGUUAAUCAUCCAAGGCCACCGAGUUCAAGAAAAGGUCGAAGAAAUUUUACGAACGACGGACUUGACAUUUUAGAGGUUACCUCACCGCGGGAAAGGCGCGAAUUUCGAAGAUACCCUGAUCAAGAGAGAUUCGGUAAAUCAUUAAUGAUCGGUAGCGAUCCAUCAGACAGCGAAGAGACAGAUGACGAUGAUAUCCAAGAAUCAAGUAUAUCCAAACAAAUGGAAAUAUACAAUCCAAAAGAAUUCGAAGAUCUCAAUGUAUCAACCGAGUUAAAGGAACUCUUUCAGAAUAUUUCCAGGUAUACACCACAAAAGAUAGAAUUGAAUUACAAGUUGUUACCAUUUAUUCCUGACUAUAUACCAGCAGUCGGUGAUAUAGACGCCUUCAUAAAAAUACCUAGACCAGACGGAGUAGAGGAUAAAAUAGGUCUUGCUGUAUUGGACGAACCUUGUACAGAACAAUCCGACCCAGCUGUAUUACAUUUACAAUUAAGAACUCAUUGCAGAAGUGCUGGUGCACCUAGGCAAGCAGUGAUAAAAAGAGUCGAGGAUGCAGAAAAAAAUGUUAAGGCUAUAGAGAAAUGGAUCGAAGAUAUGAAUCAACUUCACAGAAGUAAACAUCCGCCUGCUGUACAGUUGACUAAAGCAAUGCCUGAUAUCGACACGUUGAUGCAACAAUGGCCGCCGGAUGUUGAAGAUCAACUGAACGAGGCCCCACUUGAUUUCACCAUGCUCGAUUGCGAAUUAUCACGUCUCGUUGAUAUUGUCUGCCAUCUACUCGACAUUCCUUCACAUGAUGGCUACAGACUUGAAAGUCUUCAUACUCUUUUUACACUUUAUUGCGAAAUACGAAACGCAACAUCGCAAAAAAUAUGAAAGUUUUAUUUUAUUUCAUUUCACAUCACAAAAUUAAUUAUUAUUUUAUUAUUAUUAAUAAUUAUUGUAUAUAUCGUUUGUGAGUGCUAAAUGUAAAUUAUACUUAGCAUAGUAUACAAUCAUAUUAAUAUAAAUUAUAUUAUAAAUAUCAUAUAUCAUCUUUAUAUUAAAUAAAAGUUAGCUCCUAAAGAAUUAUGAUAAUCUUAAAAAAUAAAUUAAUUAUAUCUAUAUUUUGUUGUAUAUACUCCAUAUAUAAUUUAUUGUCUGCUGUGUAACUUUAAAAUCACAUAGUUUUUGAAUUUUAUUUCAUUUUCUUUUUUUACGCAAAAUAAAUUGUCAUUUCAUAUUCAAAAAGGUUAUUUGGUGAAUAUAAAUUACACCUAGCAUUAUCUAUAGUAUAAUAUAUAGCGUAGUAUAUGCUAAUAUAAAUUAUAGUAUUACUUUCAUGUUACAUAAGUUCUGUUUUAAAUGCUAACAAAACAGAAGUUAUUAAGAAUUAUGAUAACCUUAUGAAAGGAAUUAAGUUAAUCAUAUCUACACUCUCUUCGUUUUAUAAAUAUAUAUACAUAAUUUAUUAUCACGUAUAUUAUAUAAUAUAAUAUAGGAAGUCUUCGUAAUCAACCCAUUACAUAAUUAAUUUGAAAACUCAAGUACGUUGGAAGUUAACAUUUCUUUUUAAUGAUAUUUAAACAUUGAUUGUGGCCAAGUCACAAAUAUGUAUACACACACAUGUAUAUAUGUGUAUAUGUAAAGUAAUAACGAUAAGUGAUAAUCACGAACAAGGAAAACAUGUGCAAAAAGAUGAAAGAAAAAUUAUCAACUCUUUGAAAUAUUCCAUCAAUUCAUCAUUAAAAACUGUUUGACUUAAAUAAACCAUCAAAAAAUACACAUAUAUAAAUUAUACGUAUUAGGUGAAAUUAUAUAAAAAUUGUUCAUUAUAUGAAUUAUACAUAUUACGCAAA